AUGACAAUCAAAACCCGCAUCUGCAUGCUAUCAGACACCCACACAAGCACCCCGCACCCAGCAACCUCCACAAGUACUCCCUACCGCCACCCCCUCCCGGCAGCCGACAUCCUCCUACACGCCGGCGACCUCACAAAAGUAGGCUACCUCACCGAACACGAAACAACCCUCUCCGUGCUAGCCUCCGCCACUGCAGAACUCAAACUCGUAAUAGCCGGAAACCACGACAUAACCCUCGACGCAGAGCACUUCCUUUCCACCGGCUACAGACGCCACCAACGGCCCGAGCGACUCGGCACCGAACGCAUCCUCCACACAGACGACAAUCUGCAAACCGAGCUGCGCAAUACAACAAAACCCGACAAAACCGCACUAUCCUCCUACGCCGCCUCGAUCCGAGACCUCUGGACGAGUGAUGGAGCUCGCAAAGCGGGUAUUAUCUACCUAGACGAAGGAGUCCAUUCCUUUACUCUAUCCACAGGCGCUAAAUUCACCGUCUAUGCUUCGGCCUACACGCCUGAAUUCUAUAAUUGGGCUUUUGCAUACCCUCGCUCUCAGGAUAGGUUUAAUCCGGGCCCGCAGGCUGUGAACCCGGUCCCGGACUACCCGGGCGUUGCUAUUAUGCUUACGCAUGGUCCGCCGUUGGGGAUUUUGGACUUUGUUCCGCCCGAUUUGAAUGUUGGCUGUGGGCAUUUGCUGCGUGCUGUGCGAAGGGCGAGGCCGAGGGUUCAUCUUUUUGGGCAUAUUCAUGAAGGGUGGGGGGCGAGACGGGGGGUUUGGGAUGGGGAUGGGGAGGAGGGGGUGAGACUUGAAGAGGUUGGGACGGAUGAGAAGGAAGUGUUGGAGAGGAGGGGGGCGUUUGUUGAUGUUAGUGCGGAGUCGGAGAGGCCGUUGAGGGUUGGGGAGGAGACGCUUUUUGUUAAUGCGAGUAUUAUGGAUGUUGGGUAUCAGGCUAGGAAUGCGCCUUGGGUGGUGGAUUUGGAGUUGCCUGUUGCGUAG